AUGUUAAUUCGAUUAUUCCAAUCGAAUAUUCCAACUCCGCUUUCUCCGUCUCCAACUUCAGACACUCAAUCACUAUGGAAUUCAAAAUGGAACUAUAAGCCAGAACCCACCGAAAAUGAAAAGACACACACUCGCACCAAACCCUAUAUCUACUAUGUGUUGCCAUCAAUAGGUAUGAUUUGGAGUUUCAUUAUGGUUGUUGUUUUGAUGGAGGUAUGAUUUGGAGUUUCAUGAUGGGUGUUGUUAUGAAAAAGGUAUGAUUUUUGAGUUGGUUUCAUUAAGGAUUUUAUGUAUGUGACUAUGCGUGAUAUUGGCAUUAUUGGCAAUUAUACUUUAUGAUUUUUCCUUCUUAUGAUUUUAAGGUGGAAUUAGGGAUUAUAUAUCAUGUUUUUUAAUUGAGGAAAUACUUUUGUGCCAACACUAAACAUCUGAAUGAUUCUCAUAGGUAACGAAAAUUGAUAAUGUCAUCCCAGCAAACAGAGCUUGCCUCCUCAAUUAAUCAAUUUUUUGGAAUAUUGGUUAUAAAAUAGGAGAUAUGUGUGUGUGUGUGUGUUUUGGUUUGAUUUUUUUAUUGUAGGAAUUAUAAGCCAGAACCCACCAAAGAUGAAAAGGUAAACAUCUAAAUAAUUCCUUACUAUCGUUUUUCACUGAUUCGUUUGGUUUUUAUUUUUUUAUUUUCCAUCCCUAAUAUCUAUUUCACAUAUAUCGAAUGUUUUUUCUUAUCAUUAUGUGUGUGUAAAGCCCAAAGGGUUCUAUGAUCCAGUUGUUCAUCAAUGGUUUCUGAUAUAUGAAGUUUUAAUUGCAGAAUUGUGCUGAGAAGUGAGAUGGAGUAUUUCUCGGUUAUGACUGUAGGAGAAAAUUUUCUUACUUAUGCAUGGAAUCUGUAUUUUUUGUGAGAAAUGGAAAUUAUCCCACCAUGUGUGUGGUUCUAGAACUUGCUGAGAUGGAGAAACUGGAAUAAAUAACUAGAAGAUAAUGGAAUAGCAGUUGAGACAUGAAAGCAAAUUAAUUUAACAUGGUCAACACGUAUAGCAGUUGAGACAUGAGAGCUAAUUAAUUUCACAACUCUUUUAUAUAAUGUAAUUUGUUAAUUGAUUUCAAUGAAUGCAAUGGGAACAUCUAGAAUAUCAAGUCACAUAGAUAUACUUUCUCAUGUUUUGUAUUUGUAUGACAUAUGACUUAAAUAAUCAAGUUUCUUGGAUUGACAAGGGCUAAGCAUAUUAAGUCAAGGGUUCAUGCAUUUGCAUUUGUGAAGAUGGUUGAGAAACUACUUUAUGAGAUGCCAGAUGAUGGAUUCAAGGUCAAAACACAACAUUUUAUCAUUUGAUGGGGCAAGUGGCUGACCUCAGUGAUGGAGGCGGAAUAAGCAUUUUUCCGACCUGAAUCUCAUAUUAUUAUGGUUUGGACCAUGCUACCCUCAUGUCUUUAGUCAAUAAGUCUGUAUAUAUCAAUCUAUCCAAGAGAAAGCUAACUAUGUUUGCAAGGCAAUGUUCUUUUACAGUAUGAGAAUGAUCAGGAUGCAAGCAGUGGAGUAAAAACAAAGAAAUUGGAGCGUUUUCUUGAAGAGACAUUCCAACUGCAAAGAUGCUUUAUGAUAACAGGACAGAAAGUUAUUGAGAUACAUUCCAAGAUUGUUUACGGUCUAGAUGAUGGAUUUGGCAUGAAGAGAUUUGCUGGUUGUCCAUAUCAAAAGGAGACAUUGAAGGCCCUCUUGCUUGGGAUGGAAUGAUACAUCAUAGAAACUUAGCACUUUUUUUUGGUGUAUUUUGUAGUUUU